UAUGAUAAUGGGUUAAUUAUUAAUAGUUUUUAUUAUAAAUAAGUGUAAAAUAUCUCUAGUAAAUCAUUUUAUACCAAAGCAAACAAUGAAAACUAUUUGAUUUGUAACAGUAUUCGAAAGUAUAUUGUCCUACGACUUGGACAGAGGUACCACUUAUGUUUUCAUUUACAUAGAAUAAUAGUUCAUUCCAGAUGAUAAAAUUUAUCAUAUCGUAAAUGCAAAUUUUGAAUAAUGUAACAAAAUUGUAAAUAUUUGCAUAUGUACUUAUGUAUAUAUUCUCAUUGAAACAAUUUUGUCAUUUAUGCUUCGUAAAUUAGCAAUAGAAUUAUAAAUUAUUUAAAAAAAUAUUUUUUGGGAGAAAAGUAAGUUACGCCAAAUUUCUGUAAAGUUGAAAGAUUUUCAACUGGUUGUGAUAUACAAUUUUAUAACAUCAAAUUCAACGAAAACACUCCUUCAAUGCCAAAGUUAAUAACUUCGGCGUUUGUUGUCAUAGAAUAAUAAUAGCAUCAAAAAUAAAUUUGAAUUCUUUGAAAAUUAAACAAAAUUUUAAUAACCCGUUUCGUUUGUUGAUAUUUCUAUAGCGAAAAAAUUCGAUCGUUCCCUUUUUACGUGACAUAAUGGAAGAUGUAGUAGCCAGAAGUAAAAGAGUAACGUGAGUGCAUUAUUGAUCACUUUCCCUGAAUAAAUUCAUUAAUUUCUUGCAUGUUAUAUUUAAAUAAUAAUACAAAUUUUAAAUUAUCCAACAAUAUUAAUAACGAAAGCGAAAACCUGUCGUGUUGGCGUUAUCAAGGUCGCAAUAUUUCUAGGAUAAAAUCAAUAAUCACCUAUAUAUGAAUUCUGAAGAAGUUGGUGGCAGCAGUACUGCGCUCAGAGGGUUUAGUUUACACAUCGCGUCACGACGAAAGCUAGUCCUCCCGCCCAGUAGAAAAUUUGACUCUCUUUUUCUUUUGAUUUCGAUUGUUGGUCCGACUGAGAACGAUUGCGGUGGUAACUCAAUCAUCUUUUUUGACAAAAAUUCGCUAUACUAUAAAAACUUGAAACAAAAUUGAUCCAAAAUUGGAAUAUAAAGUUUGAAAGAACACGAGAAUAUUAUUUUAACACUUGUAAGCUGUAUAAAUAAAAAAAAAUUAAUAUAAAAAACAAAAAUCUAAAGCUAAAUCUUAUCAACACCAGAAAAAGGAACAUUCCAACAGGAGUCAGUGAAACAUUGAAUUUCCAACGAUUUAUCAAGCUUAUCUUAUCGAAAGACGACAUACUUUUUUUUCCACCUUGGUUUUUUGCAUAUCUUUAAACUGCAACCGAAUACUUAUCCUCAAGCAUUUUUCGAGUAUACUUGUCCGGAUGAGGAUGACGCGACGAGUGUAACGCGCCUGACAACGACGUAACAUCCGUGAAGAAGAACCGUUUAUUUUAUAAAAAUGGAAUGUUUGACACGAACGAUGAACACGUGUUUGACGUCAAAAGAGGAAGAUUACGUUGGCUGAUGAUCGAAUGUGAACUUAGAUAAGGGCUACUUUUUCUUCUUCUUUUUCUAACAAGGAAAAGAAAGAAAGAGAGUGGGAGAAUGGCAUCAAAUAAGAAUAAAGGAUCAACAAUUUCGGAAUGGAGUGUCGCGAGAACUGGGAUAUCUUUAUUGUUAAAUAACAAAACGGAGGAAGCUGAGGCAUUGUUCACUGGACAUCCUCAUAGUUUCCACGUUAAAGCGGGUCGUUGUUUCGUCCUUUUUAUGAAUGCAUUGAUGAGCUUCGAGGAUGAUAAACUGCAACAAGCCAUGCUAUUGUUGAGAGACAUGGAAAGGGAAUGCGCGAACGAUAUCGGUUGGCUUAAAUCUAUGAAGAAUAGAGUAUUUAAGGCAGAGGAAAGCUCUGAAUACAUCGACAAAUUGGAGAGGCAGAUAGUACUAGCGGAUUCGCAAGUUUGCUCAGCAAUAUUAACACUUCUCCAACAAGAGCUAACCGGUUAUGUUCGUGGUGGUUGGAUGCUGCGUAAAGCCUGGCGUGUUUACCAGCACACGUAUGUGCAAAUAUCGCAGCUUUAUAGGCGUACCUUUGGCAACGUACCAUCGGAUUUCGAGGCGAACUGUAGCAUACCAGGAAAAAAUGGUUCUUGUUAUUCCCUCCAAAGUCCAUACAGUCCAGGUUCAUCGGAAUGGUCGAUUCCAUCCUUCAAUGGUUCACCUGGCAACUCGACCCCCAUCACCUCACCAUCAGGUCUGCGAAGCUCCCUAUCAAUGUUCUUCUCGAUCACUGGCAUCACGUCCGAACAACAGACACCUUUUAUCGAACCGUCCGAAGUGACCCGAUUGAUGUCAGCCGUGAGCUUUGGUUAUGGGAUUUAUCAACUUUGCGUGAGCCUCUUACCACCUUCCCUGUUAAAACUAAUUCAUUUUUUGGGCUUCGAGGGUGAUCGACGAGCUGGUCUUACGGCUCUCAUGUAUGCUCGUGUCAGUGAAGAUAUGCGUGCACCAUUAGCAACAUUAUCCCUUCUCUGGUAUCACACGAUAGUCCGACCAUUUUUCGCUCUCGAUGGUUCCAACGUAAAAGCGGGUGUUAAUGCAGCGAAACAAUUAAUCGAGGAAUGUCGCAUGGAAUUUCAGAAUUCUGCCCUUUUUCUCUUCUUCGCAGGCCGAGUGGAACGUCUCGAAUCGAAUGUUAAUGCCGCCCUUGAAGCUUACGACAAAGCCGUGGAUGCAUCGAGUCAAAGAGAAGUGAAAUUAUUGUGUCUGCAUGAGGUUGCUUGGUGUCACCUGAUACGUUUGAGUUACGAAGAAGCUUAUCGAUCUUUGAUUCAAUUGCAGCAACAGUCUAGAUGGUCGAAAAGUUUCUACGCUUAUUUGGCGGCAGUAUGUUGCGGAUCAAACGGAAAAUUUGAAGAAUUGAUGACGAUGUAUCGAAAAAUUGUUCAAUUGGUCGCCGAUACUACGAAGGAAACACAACUCGGCCUUUUUAUUUUACGAAGAGCACCGAAAUUGGUUGAUCAAGAUACAGGUCGAGUUUAUACAAUUUUAUACUACAAAUUACUUGUCUACGAGUUAUUAUACCUUUGGAACGCCAUGCCAUCUUGUUCUAUCGAAGCAUUACGAGGAAUUUUGUUAGAUUGUAAGGGCAACCGUUCGGAAGAACCAAUGGUUGGUUUGGCUGAUUUGAUCGAAGGUGCAGCUUACUUGUAUCUUGGUGAUAGACAAGCGUCUAUCAGAAGUUAUAGAAGUUGUUUAAAACGUCGCAAUCCGAACAAGGAUAUGUUUGAUCAACACGUCAGCGCGUUUGCCCUUUAUGAACUCGGUAGUAGCCUUUGCACCAAUGACAAUAUCGAGGAAGGGAAAAAUUUCUUACUAAGGGCCCAAACUCAAUAUAGAGAUUACGAUUUUGAAAGUAGAUUAAACGUACGUAUACAUUCGGCCUUAAGAGAUUUAAACUGAUGACAAAUAAUACGAGAUAAACAAUCCAUAGAGUAUAUAAGCAUACGAAUUUUAGAAUUAAUUAGAUCUGCGUGAAUGCGCGCUUCGAAUCGAUUUUUACUUUACAAAAAAAAUUCAAAUUUCAUUUCAUUCAAGCACUCAUUUAUGUAUAUUUUAUACAUAGAUAAAACAAAAGAUGAAUGAAUGUGCUAAUAUUCGCAUGGUUCUAGCGAUGAUUGUAUGCGUUCCACGCGUAUGGCUAUUAUAAAUCUCUAUAUGAUAUAGGGUGUCUCAUUUGAAGGAGAGGUCACCGAAAUAUUAGCUUUAUAUUAACACGUUGAAUGCUACGUUUAUUUUACAUGAUUAGGUCGUGGCACGAACGUAACACGAAUUAAUUAUUAAAUGUUGAAUAUUAAAUUGAAAUAUUAUUUAAAAUAAUAUGAGUUUAAACGUGCAAUCGUGUGCAACGCAUUUAUCUUACCGGAGGACACAACUGGUAACUUCCGAUUUUGUAAAAUAUGUUACCAACAAAAAAUAUUAAAUAUCUUAUAUUUAAAAUCAAAGGCAAAAAAAAUUGUAUCAAAUAAGUUGUGAAAUAUUGUGGUUUACUUUUCCUUUAUUUCAAGUGUUUUAAUAUGACAGAUACAAUAUGCGUACAUACGUGUUAUAUGUAUAAAUAAAACUAUUUUCUUAUGUUC